UAUUACAGUUCACUACAACAGGUACAACAUUUUCAGGUGGUCUGAUAUGAGUGAUUUUCCCACAGAAAAUGUAUGGUUUACUCUAUUUUUAUUCCUAUCCAGUUUAACUUUAAAAUGGUUAGAUUCACAACAAUAUUGUUUACUUCUGUGAGAAGGUACAGUCCAACAUUUAUUGAUAGUUUACGGAUAUAUGUGAGAGGUGGAACAGGAGGUGCUGGUUUGAUGCACCUUGGCGGAAUAGGAGGAAGGGGUGGAGAUGUUUUCAUAGUCGGAACACCAGACUCUGAAUUUUCAUUGAAAGAUUUGAAAAAUAAAUUUCCUGAAAAACGAUUUUCUGCCGAUGCUGGCGAGCCGAGUUCACGUCGCUCACUCAGCGGUUGGAAUGGCAGGAGUAUUUUCAUUCAAGUUCCACAGGGGAUAACUAUUUUUGAUGCAGACACUGGAAAAAAAAUUGGUAUAGUGAAUAAAGCUGGAGAUCGGUUAUUGGUAGCAAGAGGUGGUAAAGGCGGUGACAGAUUUAAUCGUUUUCAGUCACGAAAAGGAGAAAGUCGGAAGUUGGUUCUCGAUUUGCGUCUCAUUGCGGAUGUCGGUUUUGUUGGAUUCCCAAAUGCUGGCAAAUCUACACUAAUGAAUGCUAUUUCAAAAGCAACGCCUACAAUUGCAGACUAUCCUUUCACAACUCUCCGGCCACAUAUUGGUAUUAUGGAAUAUCCUGAUUUUCGUAGAAUAUCUUGUGCUGACUUACCAGGUUUGAUCGAAGGGGCACAUAUUAACUUAGGAAUGGGUCAUAAAUUUCUUAAGCACAUUGAACGGACAAAAUUGUUACUUUUUGUAGUGGAUGUUUUUGGUUUUAGUUUAUACACAAAUCAUAAUUUACGUGAUGCUUUCGAAAACGUCCAACUUUUAACAAAAGAAUUAGAACUAUAUAAUAAAAAAUUAAUCAGCCGACCAGCCAUUUUAAUUUUUAAUAAAAUGGACAUGGAGGGUGCCAAUGACAAACUUGAAAUAGCUCUUGAAAAACUCUCAUCAUGGGAAAAUUAUGUAGAUUCACUCCCAGAAGAUAUGAUUCCAAACCGACAAAUGAAUUUUUCGAGUAUAUUAAGCAUAUCUGCUAAACAAGGGACAUCAUUAUAUGAAUUGAAAGACUCAAUUCGUCAAGCAAUUGAUGAAAUCGUCACACCAAAGUUACGUCUUACAGGUGAUGAAAAUAAUAAAGAACUGGAGAAAUUACAUGAGAGGUCUCUUGAAACAAAUCUUGUUCGAAAUGUUAUUGUUUAAUAAUAACAAAACGUUCCAUGUGGGAACUUUAAGUUCAAUAAUAAAAAAGGUAAUAAUGAUGCUCUUUA